AUGGAAUUUGAAGAAUUUUCUUUAACAGAAAAGCAAGAAAAAUCUGAAUGUAUAAGCACUUAGUCUAGUCUCUACUCUAAAGACUACUUAAAUUCAGCAAAUAGCUCUGAUUUAAAUAGAAGUAAUGCUUAUGAGUCUUUAAUUUAAGGGGAAGAUGGUGAUAAUUAAAGUGAAGAACAAAAGAGAAGGGUACAAACAAAAGCUAUUAUCAAAAAUAAAAACAAAAAGCUAAUGAUGGAGUAAAAAUAAUUUAGUAUAGUGUCUUGUAUUGGUACAUAGGUCGAUGAUAAUCCAGAUAAUUUUAUUUUAUUUGGUGAAAUAUUUUGUUAUUUUAAAUCCUUUCUUAAAUACUGCAGAAUUGGAGAGUCUAUUGCUCCUGAAUAUUGCUACCUUUCAGAUUUUAGACCUGUUAUUAGCACUCAAAUAAAAAACUAAAUGAUAUAUGCUUACCUAGAUUGCAACGACAUGAAAUAAUAGGUAGAUGAAAUAAAAAAUAAAUAAAUUAUUUCUAACAAUUUUAGAAAAAUAGACUAUAUUUGCCGCAAGCUUAAAUCGCUAUCUGAUAAUAAUGCUUACAUUUUUACAAAUCAUUUAGAAAACUAUAAAGCGCUGAUUUAAUAAUAUGCAGAUAUGGUAGAAAAAGUUCAUUCUACAUUCGAUUAUAAUAUAGAAGCUAUUUAAGAAUAACUAAAUGCAAAUUUUGAAGAAAGUUUAAAGAAGGCCAAUGAAAUUUUAGAUAAAAUCUAGCUUGAAAACCCAAAUAUAAUUCUAUAAUUUUUUAUAAAAAAAUUAGAUGCUUUUUCUUUAACAAGUAAAACAAAUAUGACAGGAGGAAAUAGUAAUUUCAUUGAACUAAUCAGUGGAUAGAGCAAUCCUAAUUUUAUAUCUUACUAUUUCACUAAAUUUGGUACUCCUGAAGUGUUGGACUGGAAAGGGAUAGUAGAAAUAACGAUGGCUCAAUUCACUGGAAAUUAAUGUUUUGAAUUCGAUCUAUAAAGUAUAGACGGGUAUUCAAUUCCAGCAAAGGCCUCAUAUAAUUUUAUUUUACUUAAUUCUCGAGAAAUAAUCCCAGGCUUUUCUAUUUCAGAUGUUUUAGAAAUAUAUUCCUACGAAGUAAAUCCUCAAAUCCUAAAAUGCCUUAAAACAAAGAGGUCGCUUACAGUUUAGAAGAACACAAGAGAAGAUAUUUGCUACACAAUUAAAUCAGAGAUAUUCCUUUAAAAAUUUUAUCCAGAAAUGUGCCAAAAAGUAAAUUAGAGUGAAUAAAAUAGCAACCCAUAUAAUUCAAACAGUAAAAUUUAAAAUUAGAAAUUUUCUAAUUUAGAUAACUUUUCUUAAAUGUAUGAUCCUUGCUUGCUACAGUAAGAAAUCCAAUCUGAGCUAUUCAGGAUCAAUCGCUAAAUAAAUUCUAAAUUAUUUUGA